CUCCUUAUCUCACACUCAAUCAUCAGCCAUUUUCCAAUUUUUCAGAGAGAAAGAAGAAGAAAAGCGGAGAAAAAAGAGGUAAUAAAGUUGAGAUUUUUGCGUUUUUUGUGUGAAGAUGUGUGGAGGAGCUAUCAUAUCGGAUUUUAUACCGCCGGCGAGGUCCCGGCGGCUGAUCGCUGAGUAUCUGUGGCCGGAUCUCAAGAAGGGAGGUGGAUCUUAUGGGACGAAGAAGAAGCAGCAUCAUCGGAGGGUGGAUGUCAAAGACGAUGACUUUGAGGCUGAUUUUAGGGAGUUCAAUGAUGAUCCCGAGGAGUCUGAGGAUGAAGCAGAGGUCGUUGACGUCAAGCCCUUCGCUUUCGCUCCGAAAGCCCCUUUAUCUCGAGAAGACUCUGUUACUCCAAAGCAUGAAGAUUUCUCCAGUUCAUUGGAUAAUUCUUCCAAGAGGAAGAGAAAGAAUCAGUACAGAGGAAUCCGGCAACGUCCUUGGGGAAAGUGGGCAGCUGAAAUCAGAGAUCCUCGCAAAGGUGUCCGAGUGUGGCUUGGGACAUUCAAUACUGCUGAAGAAGCUGCAAGAGCUUAUGAUGCUGAAGCCCGUAGAAUUCGGGGUAAGAAGGCCAAACUGAACUUCCCUGAAGAACCAUCUCGAGCUACUCAGAAGCGCAUUCAAAUGCCAAUUUCCUCAAGAACACCCAAGCCAACUGUUCCUGAAAAAUCUAGCCCCAGUCAAUCCACCACUAACUUGGAUGAGCCUGAUCCAGAUUACUACUCUGCUUUUGGUUUUCUGGAAGAGAAGGAGCCCCCAACCCUUGAAUACCAAACUCCCUUUUCACCGAUGAAGCCUCUGGUGCCUUCUGAUGGAGUUGCUGUAAAUUUCCACUCUGAUCAGGGAAGCAACACUCUUGAUUGCUCAGACUACGGGUUCGAAUUCGACUCUAAGAAUCCUGAGAUAACAUCAAUGAUUACUCCCACUAUAGCUGAAGGUGUGGAAACUAAUUUCUCGGAAGGUGGCUCACCACAGAAGAAACUGAAGAACAAUGCCGGGGAGGCAGUCUCAGCUGAAGAGAACACGGCAAUGAAACUUUCUGAGGAACUGUCUGCUUUUGAAUCAUAUAUGAAGUUCCUCCAGAUUCCGUAUCUCGAAGGGAGCUCAGAUGAAUCUAUAGACUCCCUCUUUGGUGGUGAAUUGACUCAGGAUGCCGGUAAUGAAGUGGACCUAUGGACCUUUGAUGACCUGCCAAUGGUGGGCAACUCUUUCUAAGAGACUUCUGAUGUGGUUACCAGUUUAUCUGUAGAUAUCUACAUGAGUGAGUGAAUAAAGGCGGAGGAUUUGGAGACACCUGAAUUGUUGCCUAGCUGUUAUUGUGCUUAGAGCUUGUGGAACUUUGGUUAUAGGGGUUUAUGUUUUAGGUCCCAUAUUUAAGUUUAUAUACUGUUGUAAUGUUGUGUUCUUUGUUCCAAUACUCAGACAUCAGACUUGUUGUACUAUGUUUGUGCUAUUUUGUUUCUCAAACUGAUCAAACAUUGCCCAUGCGUUUUUUGUGCAGGAUACUUGGCCUUUUGGGCAUGUUUUCUGCUGUGUAUGAACUGCUCUUUUUUAUAAGCGGUAUUUUUAUUCAAUUCA